CACUGACAUGCCCGGCAAGAAAAGUCUCGAAAUUUUACUUUCAGAUUUUCUCACAAAAUUGCGGAUUGUAUUAUAAUAUAUUUUCGCACAUAUUACAAAGUUGAGUGCCGGAAGAACCCUACUCCAGGAGAGCGUGUUAACGGGACAUAGAAAGGGGCUAUUUUCCCAGAAAAGUUUUCUUCCCUCGGAAAGGACAGCUUCUGAUUGGUCGCCAUGUCGUACAUGUUGCCACAUCUGACCAAUGGCUGGCAGGUGGACCAGGCCAUUCUGUCGGAGGAGGACAGGGUUGUUGUGAUCAGGUUCGGCCACGACUGGGACCCCACCUCUAUGAAAAUGGAUGAGACCUUAUAUUCCAUCGCAGACAAGAUCAAGAACUUCGCAGUGAUCUACCUUGUGGACAUCUCGGAGGUUCCAGACUUCUGUAAGAUGUACGAACUGUACGACCCGUGCACAGUCAUGUUCUUCUACAGAAACAAACACAUCAUGAUCGACUUGGGAACAGGAAACAACAACAAGAUCAACUGGGCCAUCGAGGACAAACAGGAGAUGGUGGACAUUAUAGAGGUGGUCUACAGGGGAGCUAGGAAGGGCAGAGGUCUCGUGGUGUCACCUAAGGACUACUCAACCAAGUACAGAUACUAGAAAUCACACACAGGAGAUGGUGGACAUUAUUAUAGAGGUGGUCUACAGGGGAGCUAGGAAGGGUAGAGGUCUCGUGGUGUCACCUAAGGACUACUCAACGAAGUAUAGAUACUAGAAAACAUCAAACAAUGGUCUCUGUUAUGUCAACCCAAGGACUACUCAACCAAGUACAGAUACUAGAAUUUCUGAGUAAAAAUCUUACACAGAUCACCCAAGGACUACUCUACCAAGUACAGAUACUAGAAUUUCUGAGUAGGAAUCUUACACAGAUCACAAGGACUACUCAACCAAGUACUGAUACUAGAUAUUACAUGCAGGUCAACCAAGAACAACUGAACCAAAUACAGAUACUAAAAUUCACAUCCAAAAUACUUCGAAGAUCACUCCAUCAAAUACAGAUCAUGCAAAAUUUUACCUGUGCUCUAGAUAUUUGUUCCAACAUCAACUAUACCUGAUGGAAACAGUACACAAGGUCCUGUAGCAGUUAGUGUAGUAGGCUGCUAUCUUUUUAUUUCCCCAUUUUAGUAGAUUGAUUUUCGACGACUGGGUGGUUCAAAGCACCAUCACAGUGUACUCACUACUGCACAGUCAGUGAAGAUUGUUGUGUUUCAUUUUGAAACAUAGCUGGAAAUCUGAGAAGGGCACUUUUUAAAAAUGCUAUGGCCACUUGAUGUAUCUAUUAUGGCUUAAAUUUAAAAGACAGGACCACAAUGUACACAGUAGUCUGCACAAGUAAUGACAUGAAAGUGUUAAGCACUAGGUGAAUUUUUAAUGUGUAAGUUGACAUAUUUCUGAACAGAUGUUAAAUACAGUUUAAGUUAGCAAUAGUGAUAUGGCGAUGUGUCUUUAAAGUAUAAUUUAGUUG